AUGAACGGUAAAAAGCAAGGAGAUAUUUGGCAUUAUGUUAACCAAGGUGUUAGUUUAGGUCGAGGACAUUAUAAAGCUAGUUGUAAAUAUUGUUCUGUUUCAUGGGAAAGAGUUGAACCACUUCCUGAAGCACGGGUGGAAUCUUUAAAUAAAGCUAUUUUAAAAGCUUGGGUUAUGUGUAAUUUUUCAUUUGAAACGCUCUCUGGUCAUUUCUUAGACCAAGAAGUUUUAAGAAUUGAUAAUGAUCUAGAAAAAAAAGAAUUUCUUACUUUAUACGAAAUUACUAAUAAUGACAGGACUAAUAAUUUGGAUGAUAUUAAUGAAAGUGAAAUUUUGGAAAGUUUAAUAUUAAAUAUUGCAGAUUCAGUAGAUUUAAUGUUGCCAGAGUUUUUAGCAUCUGGAGAUGCAAUAUUUUCUUCAGAGCCUGUUAGGGCUAGAAAUGUAGCAGUAGGUAAUAUGAAUUAUAAUCCUAUUGAGUUGGCACGUCAAAUGGUAUUACAAGAUGAAGAGAAUUAA